GUCAAAUUUGAGGCAAAAGAAAAAAGAGUGUCUUGCAUUUUAUAUAUUAGAAUUGAUAGCUUGUAAAUUGCACAACUUUUAAGUGGUUAAGCCGUUUAUUUUCAGAAAUUGAUGACUUGAUGUUGCCAAGCUUCUCAAAAAGUAAACUAUUAAACCGACUGUGUGAUAGUCUAUGGAAUGUUUGAAAAGGAAUUUCAUAUGACGUACCAAGGAAUUGCUAGUCUGCGUGAGAAUCAGAGUCCAGAAUAACUAUUUGAUAAUAAUUGCAACAUUUUCGCGCUGAAUAAGGUCAUUCUGUCAUUCAUGGUCGAUCAUGUUUAAAAAAACAGCUGGUAGUAAAAAUCGAAGGACACGAUGUCAAUGACUUUACGGCGCUAUCGUGCUAUUGUGAAUUAUCUUACAAAUAUCAAUGCAAUAUUGGUAGUGCAUUGUUCUUUUAAUACAUAAAAUGUUUUACAGAUCAAUGCCCAUUAAUACAAACAAAGACUCUUCGAACGAUUUAAGUGGUAGUCUAACAGAAGAUUUAAAUCACAUCAGCAAAACGUCUUCGACAAAAGCUAUGCCAGCUCGACUUAUUGUUGGAGGUAUUUACUUUUAAUAGAAUUGUCAAUGUCAUAGCAGCCGGGCGCAGUCCAAUAUCGUACGACGAUAUGUAUCACACGUUAUUUUGGUAUAUACUUCACCAGUAUAUAACGUAUAUUUUCAAUAUACUUUACCAAUAUAUACUAUUCUUUGGUAACUUUGAACAAUUUAUGUAUUUUGGUAAUUGGUAUACUUGACUACAUUAAAUUGGUAUACAGUACCUGACCAGCCUACAACGUAUUUAAGUAUACUUGACAAGUGUAUAUAUAUUAUAUUAACCCAUUAAGCGCCAGCGCUCUCCCCUUGACGAGUAAAAUCGUCUGGUGUUAGACAGAGUAAAAUACUAAAGUAGGGUGCAUCAGGGUGCAAUGCGACUCAAUGGGUUAACUAGACACAUGGGCAGAUAGGCCAGUUAACCCAUUAAGCGCCAGCGCUCUCCCCGUGACAAGUAAAAUCGUCUGGCGUUAGGCAGAGUAAAAUACUCUGGCGUUAGACAGAUUAAAAUACUAAAGUAGGGUGCAUCAGGGUGCAAUGCGACUCAAUGGGUUAAUACUGUAUAUACUUGACCAGGUUAUAUUGUAUUUUAGUAUGCUUAAAUUAGGCAUACAUGUAUGCCAAAAUACAGUAUAUACUUGUCAAGUAUCAAUUAUACUGUACUGUUUGUGUAUACAUAAAUGGUACUAGUUGACAAAUGUGUACUGCAUGACUGUAUUUGAGUAUAUACAUGAUCAAUGUACCAUGUGUAUACUGUAGAUUCAAAUACAGUAUUGUAACACUUGUCAUCAGAGGAAUACAGUACACUCACUGAAGUACUAGUUAUACCUAAAAUCUUAACUACAUUGUAUAUUGAUCAUAUAUAUACUAAAAUACAGUACACAUUGGUCAACUAGUACCACAUGCAUAUAUAAAAUUAUGUGUAUACUAUAUACAGGUGCAUCUCAAAAAAUUAGAAUAUAAUUAUCUGGCCAUUUAAACUAGUCUGUGUACAUGUUUGUAUUGUGGUAUACAGGGCUGUCUCGAAGAGGCUAAAGCAGGGGGGAGGGGGGUGUAGUAUUACAUUUACGGACAAGAUUUCAGUCGCUAAUUAAUAUUUCUUUUCCCAAAUUGACAUUACAUUUUUCCAGUUAACGGCCAUAAUUCAUUACAUUUUUUGUAAAUUUAUCAGAUUUUUUGCUAUAACUAUUACUUUUUAAUCAGUGCCACUCACAUAUUUUUGCUGACAACGAGAACAAUUUUGCCGACAAGAUAUUUUCAAGGGGUGUCAACACCCCCCUCCUAGUGACGGCCCUGGUAGUAUAUGAUGUUAACCCAUUAAGCUGCAGAGCUUCCCCAUUGAUGAGUAUAAUCACCUGGCGUUAAAACGCCCUACCUAUCUUUUUUACUUGUCUCGGAGGCAUUGCGGCUCAAUGGGUUAAGACAAAAAAAUUACAAAUAUUUUAUUUUUACAUGCAAUGAUUUGCUGAACAUAACUAUGGCUGCAUGGGCUUCGAACCUGCGACCUUCAAAAUGCUAGCUUGAUGCUCUACCAACUGAGCUUGACUUGAAAUUGUGAAUUAUACACUGAAUAUCAUUUAUAUCAUUUCAGUGCAAUGUUGUGAUUACUGGUCACUAGAUAACAUGAUGAAAUUUUCUCGAAUGAAUGAAACAUCUUUUUUUUUCUUUUCUCUUUUUUCAAUUAAACUCAAACAUCUUUCUUGCUUUUUUGCACAUGCACCCAAAGCAUCUGCUGACCAUGCAUACAGAGCCCUUACUUACACUGACACAUCUCCCCCUCCCCCCACUGACUGCGGUUCUCUAACCUCAUUCCACUUCGGUCAAUAAACAAAAUAGCAAAUAAUUAAGUCUCUGAUUUGCUUCAUGCAAUACGUUUGUUUGUUGGCUGGAACUCAUCGACUUGUUUUUGUCAUCACUUGUCUCGUUUUUGACACUUCUCUCCAGUGGACUGGCAUCUGUAUCAUUGUUGACUUUCUUCCCUGUCUAGUUACCUUUAUCUCAGCUCCUCUAACGAUAUACGUCUUUUCCUGGAAUUACCCAUUUAAUCUUCUGGGGCCGGUUGUAUAAAAAAGUGAUUAAAGUUAAUCAUAGUUAAGUGGAAAUGUCCUCCAAUAAGAAGCGCCUAUUUGAGAGUUAAUCACUAUUUAACUACAAAAUAGUGAUUAAAAAAGUGAUUAAGAGUUUUAUACAACCGGCCCCUGCAAUCUCCACAUACAUCUUGGCGCAUUCAUCGACAUACACAUGCAUGACAUCAUCUCCUUUCACCUCUGGUUUCCUCUGGUUUGGAAUCUUAAAUCUUUAUUCACCAGACGACGUUGACGAUGCUGCGCACGUAAACUUAAAAGAUAUUCGCGUCGCCAUCUUCUCCACAGAUGCAUGCUCUGCCAACGUCCUCUGAUAUUUAAUUGUAUUUCCUUCGAGACAAAAUUUAACACACUCUUUUCAAUGAGAAGGUGUGCGGGCAUCAUGCUUCCGCUUCUGUGAGCAGAGCAGGGUGACUACUGUAAUUCGCUGUUCCUAAUUGCUUUUUCUGUGUCCUCUUUCCUUAGGAUAGCCUUAUCAAUCUCUCGAUGUAGUCACCCCACCGUGACGCUUUCGCCAGGUUAAUUUUCCUCUCCGUAUCCAUGCAUGUUCUUCUGGUGAUUGAAACAACGAUUCUAGAUGUCCGCAAGCUGCUUUGAAGGACUUAGAAUUGUCUGAGAUCACUAGUCGAGGGACUCUCCGCCUGCUACUUUAGGACUUAGAACGCUUCGGCAGACAUGCUUGGUGUUCGUUCAAAUUGCUGCGCAGGUAUAUAGUGCGAUGUACGCAUUUGUCAUCUCAUCUACGCAUUGCUCCUUUAGUUCCAUUCAGGACGUACAUUGCCAUUGGCCAAGCGAAAUCCACACGCACUCACAUACACGAGCAAAUAAAACUUGGCAAGGAAAAUUUGAGUCAGAUAUUGGUAUCCUGGUAAUCCCCCUGGAUAGGCCUUGAAUAAAUCUUGCAGCUGCGCUUUACCUGAUUCGAUAAACGUACUGCGUUUUGGCUAAGCCUUCUGCUUGUUUUCGUCUUUCCUAAGGCCUGCCGAACACGAGAGAAACUUGCUAAGCUAAUCGCCUCGUGUGCAGUGGCGGCUAGCCCAGUAUGCAUUUUCACCACACUAUGCACGUUGGGAAAACUACUCGACAGCAACAUCGUUGAUAUGAUCGUUUGCAUUUCCCUCCAUUUUCGCCAUUUUUACCAACGUCACGUGAAGAAACUGUGGGUUCUCAUUGGCUACACAUGCUAAAAUCUCACAUCUUCUAAAAAGUUUGUCAACAAGCCGUCAACAAGUUGUCUUCGCACUGCUUGUCACAAGUUGUCAACAUGUUUGGAACAAGCUGUUAACAAUUUGUAACAACCUUGUUGAUAUUAUCAGGCUUGUUACAGGUAGUUCCAACAAGUUCUAGUAUGUAGAUUAUAAUAUGAUAUAGCAGUACUGUUAACGUUACAACCUUGUGUCGUCAACCAAGUUGUUAACAGCUUGUUCCAAACUUGUUAUAACAACUGGGAACAAGCAGUGCGAAGACAACUUGUUGACUGCUUGUGAACAGAUUUAUAACAACUUGUUUGCAGACAAUGAAUGCAGACUUGUAACAACUUGUGCGUUUUUACGUGUGUACUUAAUUCAAGCACUAAGCUAGCAACAUCCGUAGACGGUGAGAUUUUUCCCCGCGAGGUGAAAAAUAUCAAACACGAUAGAUAUUUCAAAGCCUCGAGAGGUUAAAUCGUCACGAAAAUUAUCCGCACAUGAGAGAAACAUGCCUCACUAGCCGCGAGACGGUAAGCUCAGCAUGUUUCUCUAAUGUGCGGCAGGCUUCACGUUUUACGUCAGAUUAAUCUGUCUAAUUUCUUGCUUGUAGUUAUAGCAGGUCGUAACCUGAUCAGUAUGGACGUUGGAGGCAAGUCAGAUCCUUACUGUAUUAUCAGUGUCGGUGAGGAAGAAGCCAAGACUCUCGUACAAUAUAAUACUGUCGACCCUCAGUGGAAUGCAAGUUUUAGUUUCUCCUUGUAUAAUGGACCACAUUUCAAAUCUAGUGGUAAGUGCAUGAUCACAAAAUAGCAGAGGCGUACGAGACAGGAAUGAGGUGGGAGAAAACCAUGGAAACUUGGGGAAACGCUAGGGGAAAUUAAUGAAGAAAAUUGCAGACAAAUACUGUAUGUCACAAAUAUGUUAAAUUCAGGUCUCAUUCAUUUCAUUCACCAGGAAGUUCUGGUUAAAUUAUCCAAGCUAUAGGAUACGAUAACCAGAAAAAUUAACCAGGAAUAUUAAGUUAACACAAGGAUAGGUAUAGGUUCUAGGUUAGGGAGCGACCAUUAUUUAUGGCGGGGGUAAUAAAAUCUGUUGUCAUUCCCAAAGCAUGACUCACUCAAAUAUUGAAGACUACAAAGCAAUGUCAACAGUCAUAUCUCAAUACAAUAUGUAUAUUAAUCAGAGUCACUAUCUCGAUCAUUUUCCAACUUGUCAGGAGGCAAAUGGUGUCUUCAAAGAAAGUACAUGUGCAGGCAACAUGAAACGUUUGACUGCAGAAAAUUGCACAAACAGUUAAUAUCAAACUCAUGUCACAGAAGUAGUAAAGGACAUGUGUGACAACUGAAUGGUAUCCUUUUGUAAAGUUUUUGACCAGGGGUGGGUAUUUAUUUUUUAAUUGAUAUUUGAGGUUGGGUAAAAAAAGAUUUUGACUUUUUAAUAGUUGGAUUAUUCAGCAAAUUAACCAGGAAAUUUUAACCAGAGUGUUUUUAACAUGAAGUUUUGAAAGUCCAAUAAUGAGCAUAAUAAUAUACAGGGUGUCUAGAAAAAAAGGUAAUCGAAUUUCAGCGCGCUAUUGCAUCUGAAUUACUCUGCGUAGCGAGCGAGAUUUUUUCAUAUUCGGAAAGAUCAGGCUUUUAGCUGUUGAAUGAUACGUUCUUCAUGCGAAAUGGAUGACAAAAAAUGACCGAUAAAAAAUGUUGGUCAGAAUCGCAUAUUUUCACCGUUGAGAGUUGGGUCUAUAGAACCAUUGAAAAUUAACCCCCUUUAGGACUUAGUUCAUGAAUUUCACUUCAUUAAACUACGCACAUGUUCAUAAUUUUUAUCAAUGAGGAAUAAAUCUUAGCUAUAGCCUGUGACAAGUUGGUGAUUAAUUGUUUUUUCUUUUGUUAUGCACCGCUUUAAUUAGGCACAGAGGUGAAAAUAUGCGAUUCUGACUAACAUUUUUUAACACUUGCUUAUUUUUCACCACUUGGCAUGAAAAACAUGUCAUUCAAUAGCUGAAAGCUUAAGCCUGAUCUUUCCGAAUAUGAAAAACAUUUGUUCAUACGACGAGUAAUUCACGUACUGUAGUCUGUACAAUAACGCGCUGAAGUUCGAUUUACCUUUUUUCUUAUACACCCUGUAUAUCCCUAUAUAACACAGGGUUCGUAGCGGUCUUUGAAAUCCUUGAAAGUCUUUAAAUUUGAAUGCAGGUCUUUAAGGUCUUUAAAAAGUCUUUGAAUUGUGUGAAAAAGCGAAGAAAGUCGUUAAAAGUCUUUAAAUUCUUUAGUGAGUAUUUGAUUAUACGAUUUCCUAGCUAAUAAAAUAAAUUGAUUGACGCAAGAUUUUUCAAUAUCGACGAAAAGGCGCAUUUUAGGAUGUGAUUUGACGGGACUAAUUACCGAUUAAAAAUGGUACUUACAGCCGAUGGUGCUCGACAGCUGAUUGCUCUCAAAGGUCUUUGAAAAGUCUUUGAAAAUAGGCAGAAAAAAUCUUUGAAAGUCUUUGAAUUUGUUUGGUCUUGGAGACUACGAACCCUGUAACACUAGCUGGGAUCACCCGAAUAAAAUUAGUUUAUGUUAUAUUUAAAACACGAGCAGGAGUGCUUUAUCAGAUAUAAAACACGAGAGGCAGCUCGAGUAUUUUAUAUCUGAUAAGUAUGGACUGCGAAUGUCUUAAAUGGCUUAGAAAAUGACCCAUCUGAUGAGUUCAUUGGCGAAGUAAUUUUAAAAAUAAACGUUGUCUAAGCGGAGAAAAGCAAAGUUAAAGUUUAUGUAAAUGAACAUGAUUUUUUAUCACAUACAGGGUGAGUAAAAAAAACUGAUACCUUCGCGGCUAAUUUGAAUAACAAAGGUGUCAGUUUUUUUUUACUCACCCUGUAUAAAACCACCGACGCCGCAGAGAUUUCCUUUCUCUUUUCUUCAUGGAUUUUUAAUGAGUUUAUUAAACGGCUUCAAACACGACUACAAAUUCAAUAGAUAUACUGCCUUAUUAGCAUUCUUAAUUUAUAUAAAGAAUACUAAUGAGGACACGACUACAAUAGAUACUACCUUAUUAGUAUUCUUUAUGUAAAGAAUACUAAUUAGGAGUGUUUUAUCAGGUUUAAAGCCACUGCACGUGACAUAUUAUGGUUGACAUGAUUCGUCAAUAAGCUUAUAUGAAUUAUUAAUGAGUGUUUGAAGUACUGUUUAAUAAACGAGCAGGAGUGUUUUAUUAGGUUUUAAAGCCACGAGCGCGCAGCGCGAGUGGCUUUAGACCUAAUAAAACACGACCUGCGAGUUUAUUAAACGGCUUCAAACACGACUACAAAUUAGUCAAUAGAUAUACUGCCUUAUUAGUAUUCUUUAUAUAAAGAAUACUAGUGAGGACACGACUACAAUAGAUACUGCCUUAUUAUAGUAUUCUUUAUAAUAAUAAAGAAUACUAAUUAGGAGUGUUUUAUCAGGUUUAAAGCCACUGCACGUGACAUAUUAUGGUUGACAUGAUUUGCCAAUAAGCUUAUGAAUUAUGAAUGAGUGUUUGAAAUAUCAUAUCAUACCCAUUUCCACAGGCAGUGACGGUGUUGAAGACAGUGACGCGGAUCAAUGCAUUAUCCAUUACGUCGUCGUAGAUAUAUGGGAUAAAGAUACAUUAAAUCGUGAUGACUUCAUGGGUCGUGUGAUGGUACCAGUUUCAUUACUUACUCACGAAAGUUUCUGUGGUUGGAUCCCAUUGGGAAGAACUUCCCCCCGGGAUGCACAGUUCACUGGAGAGAUUUAUCUUGAACUACGCAUUAAAUCGCAACUGGUGAGAUUAUGUUACAAAAUAAUCAUGUUUGCCGAAAUUUCUGUAAUCCUUUUUUCAGAUCAUAAUUCACCUCAGGCAGCGGCGCUGUAGGCUUGAUAAAAUUCUUGGCUGUUUACAUGAUCCUGGUUUUCCGGCACGGGAUGGAAGGUGGGAUGAUUUUAAUGUAUUGAAAUAUAUCACUUGCAUGGCUGAAACGAAACUUCAAACGCUGCUUAUAAAAGAACUCAAAUGUUGUAGAGAAGAUGUCGUAGUUCAAGAAGAUUGUUAUUGCUGCUUGAACAACCUUUCGUUCGACUUUUCACUGGAUAAAUAAUGUAGUUUUGUGGAAUCGUACACUGUGACUUAUUUCAAUACGUCAAAAUCAUUCCGCCUCUCGUCUCAGUAAAGCGAUAUCACGUAGACAACCCCUUACAGGGGGGGGGGGCAAUUCCACAAGGCGCCUACAUGGGCAAUUCCACAAGGCGUCACAAGUCUCUAGAUCGUCACAAAUGGCAUUUUCAGAGUCUUCUCCACGUCUUUUGUUUGGCCCUUCCAUUAAUUCUUUAAUUGAAUGUGAGUCUAUGUUAUCCGUGAGUCAGGAUGGAUUAUUAUUAUUACUGUUAUAAUUUUAACGGCAAUUUAAGGUGGCUCGAUAUAGUUAUUACAAAAACCCUGCUCAAGAAUCGCGAACUCAAAACCGGGUGACCAUUUUUACGCGCAGGUCGCGGAAACUGAUUAACAAAAUGAAAGAACUUCCAAAAUGACCUGACAUGAGCAGUUGCUCGCGCCAUAUCACGCCAUUGCGCGUGUUCUCUAGCGUUUUAUGUCAAUUGCUGACGACAUUAGAAUUUUCCAUUUUAGAAAAACAAUGCGCUAUAUCUCUUUAUUUUGUCUGCUGACCUACUGUAUGUUCAAAUUUCGCAUGCUGUAUUGCACCGCUAAAAACUUUCAUUAUACAACUUUUAUAUUUUGCUAAUUGUUAGCUUUUCGUCCAAGUAAAAUAAUGCACAAAAAAAAUUGGGGGUGACCAUGCUUCUUUUCCAACUAUACGUCUCGAUAGGCCAUUUUGGAGUGAAUUUCGUACGCGUAUGUCGUCAUAGUAACGGACUGUCUGUUAUUAAAACUAAAUUAAAUAUAAUUUGAAAGUAGAGAUACCAAAAUAUAUAAAAAACCCAAUAGCUGCUGAAUAAAUCCUAAAAAUGCGUAGUUUGAACAUGUCAAAGUGUUGAACACCUGUACUGAAAACUGUAUCGAACCACCUAACAGAUGGUACCACAUUCCAUGAUAUUACUUAAUAUAAUAUAAUAUAAGUACGCAAUAUGUUGAGGCUUUCUUCGUGUUUGGCGGAAGUGUUUAGUAGAAAAAAUUGCUCGUCUGUAACCGAAACGAAAUUACGAAACAGGAAGCCUUUUUGUUUUUGUCCGGAGGUGAACAGUGAAAGGAUAUCCGGAGAUGAGCAACCAAUCAAAUUGCGAAAAAACAACGUCCCCAAUAUAUGCUAAUGUCUGCUAGCCAUUCGUGUUUUGUGUUUGCCAGACGUCAGUACUAUCUUGAAUAUCUUUUUUUUUCAAGAUUGUAUAAUUAUGCAGUAGGACUUGCAAUGAAUUUCUUUUCUGAAAUCGCCACAGUAGAUUUUGCUUCCGAUUACAUGUUAUUGUACAUUUUAUGUUUUGUUCAAAAAAUAUUGUGUGAAUCUUUCUUCACGUUAAUGCGUCUUUGGUUAUAAUUAUUCCAAGCAUCAUAUAACAUUUCUUCGCCUGCAUGAUAUUUAUAUAAUAGUUGUAAUAAUUAAAAUAGAGUAAAACCCUGAAUCAUUUUUGGUUCUGGAAGGUAAGGUAUACGUUUUCGUUUCAGCCCAUUACGAGGUGGAAUGCCGACGAUCAGUUGUAUAAUUAUUGUGAUGAACUUACAGAUUUUAACCUUCCAAUCCAGGGCAAAUCCGCUGUUCUCAGUUUUCCAGGUUUGUAUUUUGUCCAUAAUUUUCAGUCAGCCAUUAGUAAAAAUGCACGGUGGUUUCACCUUUACGUCAACUGUUUAGAUAUUAAGCCAUUUUUACACUGCAACACACCUAUAGGACUGCCUCGUAAUUUAGCUUAUAUCAUGCUGAUUGGCUCACUAAACUAUUCUGCCAAUCUCAAGCCAAUCAGUGAAGCCAAAACUUGUCCAAGGUCUCCAGGCCUAAGCUUGUAGUGUAAACGCGGCCACACUAAACGAUUUAUUUUUAAAGUGCCACUAAGCCCAAAUAUGAUUUUUGAUAUGUGUAAUAUUGGGGUACACAUGGGUGAACACAUCUAAAGUUUCCGGAUAUGAUGUCAUUAAAUGAAUUUUUAGAGCGAAAACAAAGGAAAACUAAUUUACAAUCAUCGAAUGACAUCAUAUCCGGAAACUUUGACAGUGAAAAGCUUG